ACCAGGCUGAUAAUCUGUUAAAAUGGGGCGGCACAUGAAAAAUGUUGUGGUGGUUUCAUUUGGAUUUUUGCUUUUAUUCACUGCUACUGGAAGUCUGCUCAAUCUGCAGAGCAGCCUGAAUGCUGAUGAAGGCAUGGGUCUGGCCUCCAACAGCGUGACCUUUUCCUCCAUCAUCCUGUCCUCCAUGUUCAUCACCCCAACAGCCAUCAGGUACCUGGGAUGCAAAUGGACCAUCUUUGCUGGGAUGGCAUGCAAUGUGGUGUACACCGUACGACAUUUUUUAUCCAAGCUGCUGCAGUCACACAACUCUCCUGUAUCCUGGUGCUUCUGCUCUGGAAGCCUCAUCCAGACCAGCUGCCCAUCUUCUUUGUUAUCGGUGGCCUGUGGGGAAUGGCAGAUGUCGUGUGGCAAACACAAACCAACGCCCUUUAUGGAGUUCUCUUUCAUAGCCAGAAGGAGGCAGCAUUUGCCAACUAUCGUCUUUGGGAGUCCGUGGGCUAUGUGAUCGCAUUCGUCUGCAGUUCUUUCCUUUGCGUGGAUGUUAAGCUGUACAUGCUUUUGGCUGUCCUGCUGUCUGUAUCUCUGUGCUGUAUUGUUGAGUAUGAGGAGUCCAAAAACCCAACACCAGGAAUUGAGGAUAGAU